AGGUAUGUAAAUAAAGAGAAUUUGAGUUGUAUAUAUGUAAAUCUUCUCAUAUAUAUUUAUAUCCUUGUAGCAAUUCUCUAAAUGCUAUUUUAUUUGUGUCUCAGGGUGCAACUAUAGUUGAUCAAUCUGUUAUCAUUACAAUUGCUUCUGAUUAUCAGCCACCACGCAUCAUGUCUCUUCCUCCACCGUAUGAAGAGAAGCAGCCAACCAGCGGUUCGCAAUCCGUCGUUGGAAGAACCGAAGAUGUCGUUGCCAGUGUGCUCGCAAAAUCCUAUGUUCUGGGCAAAGGAACCGUUGGCAUAGCCAAAUCCUUCGACGAGAAGCACCGGAUAACGUCCACAGCCGCUGCCAAGGUUGUUUCCCUUAAUCAGAAAAUUGGGCUGAGCGAGAAGAUUGGUGCCGGCGCUUCGGCGGUGACCGGGAAGGUCCGGGAGGUCGACCGGCGAUUCGAGGUGUCGGGGAAGACGAAAUCGGCCAUGACGGCGGCGGGGCAAAAGGUGAGUGGUGCAGGUUCGGCAAUGAUGAAGAACAAGUAUGUGUUCGGUGGGGUGUCAUUGGUGAGUGGAGCUUUCAGGAAGGUUGGUCAUGCUGCAAGCGAGGUGGGAUCAAAGACGAAGGAAAAGGUUAUGGCUGAGGAGAUGAGGAAGGGGAGUUUUUGAUGAUUUGUGAUUAUUCUGUAAGAAUGCAAUUUAAGGUUUUUGUUUGUAUUUUAUAUUAAAAAAAAAGGCAGUUCUUGUUUACUACAAAAAAUCUGUUCAUAUUUUGCUUGAAUGGAGGAAUGAAGAAGUGGACUUUUUGUUGA